AUGGCUAGAAAGUUGGUCACGUCGUUUUUCAUCUCGUUGUUGUUUAUGGUCGUUGCUAUAUCAGGCAUCCUUGCCGAUAACGUGGCUUAUGAUCAGCACCAUUUGAACGCAACCAUUAUAGCUUUGGUACAAGCAAAUGGAGCUGUAACAAAAAUUGACGCGGUGACCGAUCAUUCAAACUUUUGGAUUGAAUUCGUUAGUGGAUUACAAGUUCAAAUCUCAUGUGACAAUGGUCGUCAUUAUUAUAACAGACUUAAUACUUGCGUGGACACGUCCAAAAUGGUAUUGAUUUAUGAUAAGUGUCAGCUGUUGAAGCAACCGGAUUGCUGGACCAAUAUGCCUUUCUGCUUUUUCGGUAAUAGAGGUGGGACUUAUCGUGAGGAUAAUUGUCUGCCUUACUUCAUACGUGAUGGGAAACGAUGCCAGUGCAAACUUGAGUAA